CGCGGCUUCGGAAGAACCACCGGUUGGAAGAAGGAGGAGGAGGAGGAGGAAAGGCGGGGCGGCUGCUUCUUCCUCGCCCGGAGGUGCAGUGAGAAACUGAGGUGCCUCCUUUCCCAGCCUCCCCCAUGGUGGGGUUUGGGGCCAAUCGAAGGGGUGGCCGUCUCCCUUCAUUUCUUUUUGUGGCAUUGCUGCUAGUUAUCGCCAUUCUUGCCUUCAAUUACUGGAGCACCUCAACUCGCCAGUCUGUGCUGCAGGAGGAGGUGGCUGAGUUGCAGGGCCAGGCCAAGCGCAGUGAUGUUGCUCGUGGACGACUGGAGAAAAGAAAUUCGGAGCUCUUGCUUCAGGUGGAGUCACACAAGAAAUACUUGGAGCAGAAGGAAGCAGACCAAAGUCACUUGAAUAGCCUGCUACAAGCCAAGGAUGGUCAGAUCAGAAAAUGUGAGGAUAGCAAGGUCAAGCUUCAGAACAACAUAUCGUACCAAAUGGCAGAUAUACACCGGUUAAAGGAACAACUUGCAGAGUUGCGGCAAGAGUUCAUACGUCAAGAGGAUCAGCUUCAUGAAUACAAGAAGAACAAUACACAGCUUCUUAAAAGGUUAGAGUAUGAAAGUUUUCAGUGUGGACAACAGAUAAAAGAAUUGAAAAUACAACAUGAAGAAGAUUUGAAAACAUUGGAUGGCCAAAUUAAACAAGAACAAAAGGAGACUGGACAGAUAAGCCAGUCUAAUAAAGAUGUUGGUGCAGGUCUGAACAGUAAUCCAGCAACAGUGAAGGCAACUCAGGAAUUGGAUGAAAGGAAUAUAAUUACAAAUGAAGUACCUUCAGUCAACAAUAUCUCAGAUGGCAAAGAGAAAAUUAAACCAGGAGAUGAUGCAGGAAUGCCUGGGAUAGAAGAGAAUGAUCCUGCUAAAGCUGAAGAUAUACUCACUGCUUUGAAGAAGCCACUGGUUUCAGCUUUUCAAGAUAACCAUCACCUCAAUGGAAACUUUCCCAUAGAAAAUGCCCAUGCUUCACAUCUAGGUCAAGGUGUCAACAGCGAUGAUGGAAAUGCUGAUUUGAUGAAGCAGAUACCUCCAAACACUCUUCAGCAGCUAAUGCCUGUUCACAUCCUUGAUAAUCAUAAAGCUGAAAGGGAAUUUGUAAAACAGACCUCAAAAGACAGAGUCAGCGACUUCCAGAGGAUGAAACAAAGCCGAUUCUUUGAUGAAAAUGAAUCCCCUGUUGAUCCGCAGCAUGGGUCUAAACUGGCAGAUUAUAAUGGGGAUGAUGGUAACGUGGGUGAGUAUGAGGCAGACAAGCAGGCUGAGCUGGCCUACAAUGAGGAAGAGGAUGGUGAUGGUGGUGAAGAAGACGUCCAAGAUGAUGAAGAGAGGGAGCUUCAAAUGGAUCUUGCAGACUAUGGAAAACCACACUUCAGUGAUGUACUCUAAAACCUUGGCUCCCUUUAUCCAAGAAAUCAUGCAAUAGGAGGGAAACUAAACCAACUUUCAACAGUUACUGAAAUGAAAUAUUGGGGAGGGAAAAGGACAACAAAACACAUAAAAUACAACUAUUUAACACUGAACAGUGGAAGGAAAAGGUGAAAUGGGGUACAGGUGUACAGCUGGUUCUUACUGUUUGUGAACAAUGCAUAGAGAUGGCUUGUUCUUUUGCAGGAUGAUCAAACAACCUGAAUUUUAUAGAACUGGAAACAACUAACUCAGGCUGUGAGACUGUUUACUUGUAAUCUCUGAAUUAAUAACAAUGCAGAAUAAUUAAGGUUACCAUAUUUCUAAAAAUGAAGCCACUGUAAACCAGAGAAUCUGUACAGUUUGAAUCUUAUAUAUAUUAAUUACUUCUUUGCAGAAAUAAAUGUACAGUUGGGACACGCUUUGAUACAUGAAGUUAUUUAUUCCAUGCAAGCAAAUCCUUUUCUUUUGCUAUUGUGACUUGUAUUUUACAGGUAAUGUUACAUUUUGAGAAAGCUGGCCAAACCAGUAUCUAAUGUAAAUAUAUUAUGAAACCUUUCUGAAGGUCUGUCUGGGUGACAGUGAAAUAUAUUAAUCCUGUAUGAAACCAUAUGCUUAACCCUAGGAGACUGAAGAAAGUUGCCAGUAAUGAAAAUAUGGUAACAGUAGGGUCUUGUUAUGUAGGGUAUCUACCAGAAUUUGAACCAAUAAAAAUUUCAACUUGUAUUUCCUGCAAGAACUAUAUUUUAUUUGCUUAUGUUUUUACAGCAAUGGUUUUAAUCAUAAGAGAUCAAUCAAGUAGAAAGUGGUUGAAAGUACAGUCUUGAGAGAUUCUAAAUUCAUUCCUAUCGGAACCUAUGAUAUAUUUGAGAUAAUGCUGUUUCAUUUCAAAUUCAGUGCUGCAGUAUUGAUUGCUCAGAACAGUGGUUAUGUCCUUGUGGUUUUAUGUGUGUGUUUUAAGUGUAAAAUGUCUUUGGUUUUUUUUCCAGUUUACAGAAAUGGUUAUCACAUCUAUUUCCUGAAAUGACAAAUGAUUAACCCUAAAUAAUUAUCAACAAGGGCUAUUGUGAAUAAAAUGUAUAGGUCCUAUAUGACAGGGUUGAUUGUAUUUCACAAUUCUGUACUCAGGUUAAAGUUCAUUCAAACUUAUUUGUGGCAACCUAAUGAAUUAUAUGUAUUGAAUAAGAAGGAGAGAUCUGUAUCAGGCUUCCAUUAGAAAAGUGUUGAUUUAUAGGGACAAAAAUGUAGGUUUGUUCUUUGGAAACCUUUUGAUGCCACUUUUCAAGCAGCCACUUGACAAAACUUGGGGCUCUUCAAAGGGAGACUGUUAUUGUUAGUUUUAUUUCCAAGUCAUAAAACAACUGGUUUUGCAUAAAAUUAAAGACUGAGACUUUUUAGAAUUAGUUCUCACCACUCUCCAUCAGUCUUCAGUGUUGUGCUUCAGUGAUUCAACCAAAAUGUAUUUGUGACCUAAAUUAGGUGUAAAAUUCUGCUGUUGACAUCCUACAUUUAGUAGGCUCUAAUAAAGGCUAAUAGUUUUA